GCUCUGCCAAAGGAACAAGGUUCAGCGGAAACCUCCUUUGGGAUUGCUCAAACCCCUGCCCAUACCUGAUGGUCCUGCACAGUCUGUCUCUAUUGAUUUCACAUGGUCUGCAUGGGCAGGUUUUCCAAAUACGCAGAGUUCAUCCCCUUGCCAGAGGUAGCCAGAGUACCGGCUUUGAGAGCAGCCUUCUCUGAGAGGUGGGUCACUCACCAUGGACCACCCACUUCUGAUGUUAGUGACAGAGACCCCAGAUUUUGCAGCGAUGAGUGGCAGUCCUACUGUAAGGACUAUCUGCACUCACGCCUGGACAUGACCUCUGGACAUCAUCCUGAAGCCAAUGGAUUGGCUGAAGUGAUGAACCAAGUCCUGUUCCAGCUGCUGCGUCCUAUGAUCUCCCCAGAUCAGCAGGACUCGGAUCUUCACUUAGCGAGGGAACAGCUCAUGUAUAACAUGUCUGUCCAUUCCUCGACAGGGUUCAGUCCCUACCGAUUGCAUUGGGGGCGUGAGCCACGACAGCCUCUCGAUGAUAUCAUCGAUAAGGCUACGCCUGACCUUACCCCAGGCACUGCAGAGUUCGCCAGACGCUAUGGUCUGGAUGUGGAAAGGGCCAGGGCGAGCUUGUUCAAGGCCCAGAAGGCCAUGAUUGAGCAAGCCAAUCGCCACAGGCGGCCUUCCCCCAUCCGCACUGGUGACUAUGUCUGGGUGGCCAGCUCAGAGCUAUCGAGGGAGGAGGAUAUCUCUCCUAAGUUGUUGCCACGCUACCUGGGUCCGUGGCAGGUCCUAGAUACAGUGGGCACUGAUCCCUUCGGUCCGUCGUACGUCAGCGGCGUCCCGCUGCAUCUACGAACCUAUCCGGUCUUCCAUGCAUCCAAGUUGUUGCCUUUCACGCCAGUUGAUGCACUCCCUGACCGGCCCCCUCGAUGGGGCCCACUAAUCCCCGGUAAGGGAUAUGAUGUGGUGGCCAUUGAGGAUGAGUGGGGCACUGGCCCCGACCGGCAGUAUCUUGUCAGGUUCGCCUUCCAGCCCCCUUCUGAGAACCGAUGGUUCUACAGAAGAGACCUGAUCAAGACAACAAAGUCUGUUGUGCUGCGGUAUGAGGCGGCUCAGAAGGGUGACCUUCGCCGUUCGCCUCGUCUGCACCCCUAGCUCGGAGGUCCUCGCUCCCGGGGAGGGUGAUGACUGCUCUGACUGGAGAGGAGGUAACUGCAAAUGCUCUUUCCCGCAGGGGAUCAAAUUCAAGUGUGGUGUUGGCAUCUCAGAAGCCUAAGGUACAGAUCAGAAAACCUCUCAAGGGGCUUAUUGGCGCAGGGCACUGUGGAUUUUCCAUUUUUGAGGAUGGCAUACACUCACAGAGGGAGAUCGGGCAGGAGGCCACAGUGGGAGCUGGAAAUGAGGAGCCAGCCACAGAGGGAAGAAAUAGUGGUAGUGACAAAAGGUGGGGUUAACCUAAUGGGAUUCAUGUGUUUUCCAGGCAGGCGAAAUUGAUCACUAGAACGGGCACCCAUGACCUGGCUCAUCAAAUGCAAAUGUAUGAGGAUAGGAAGUUAGAGAAGGCUGAGAGUGCUCAGGACAAAUGCAGAAAUCAUCACUGCAACAUCCUCUCACGAGGCACACUCGAUAGUUACUGUGAGGAAGCUGCAAGUCCCUCUGAGCACAAGCUAUGGUCUUGGACACACAGGGAGGAUGAUGAUGAUGAUCCCACCCGUUGUCUUAUUUGGUGAAAAAGGAGCCCGAAGCAAACAUGUCCAUCCGAUUGAGGGGUAUUGUAAUGGGAUGGGGCACAGAACUAAUGUGCAGUUCUGGUCAUUCAGUCAACAGGGAAGCUAAAGACUGCACUAUGUUUAUUUUGUGUUUCGGCCUGGGAAAUACUGCAUAGAAUUCCACUAAUGCACCACCAUCAUAACUUACGCUGAGUUUAAUAGGAAGAAAAAGGGAGAGUAGGGGGCAAGAGGGGAGAGAGGAAAGGGGGGGGGGGGGGGGGGGGGGGGGGGGGGGGGGGGGGGGGGGGGGGGGGGGGGGGGGGGGGGGGGGGGGGGGGGGGGGGGGGGGGGGGGGGGGGGGGGGGGGGGGGGGGGGGGGAAGGGAGGAGAGAGAGAGAGAGAGAGGGUUCUCGGGACUGGUAAAGACAUGGAACCGUUUGGGACUGCCCGGAGGUGAGGGUAAGUGGGAGUGUGUGAUGGAUUGGUGUGGGGCAAAGAACGUGAUGUUUCGUAGUAGAUGUCCUUGCGAAGAAGUGAUGGAAGGAAGGCGGGGGGAGGAGUUGAAGUACGGUACUGAGGCAGGGUUGGGUGGGUUGUGUGUCAAAAUGUGGGAAAUGACUGUGCAAAGGAGGAAAAACAACAGGGAGUGGUGAACAAGUUUGAAAUGCAGCUGGAAGGAAGAACGAGUCCCUCAGCCCGUAACCUUGUGGUGUGAUGAAUUGAGGUUGGGGUGGUGUGCUGUCAAGAGCCCAUCAGUUGAGUGCCCAUAAUGAUGAGAGUGCUGGGUUCAGUAACAGGACAAAGU